CAACCAGUUAGAUGGAAGGAUAGGAGGAGGUAGGGGACUGUUCGAGGAGGAUACCAUGACCGGCAGAGACGGAGAGACUUGCUAAAGAAGGAGUUAGUUGAGGAAAACUUCAUAUUGAAGAAACUCCGAAUAAAUUUUGAAAAAUAAAUAAAUUUACUUUUUGCUGAAAUUUAAUAUCUUGUAUUGUAUAAUAUAUAGAACAAACAUUGUAUACAGUGCCAAAGUUUAAACAACAACGGUUUUUUUUUUUUUUAAGAGAAUAGCUUUGUAAUAAGGAAUCAAUAUAAAAAAUAUAAUAAUGAAAAAUUAAUGUAUAAUUAAAAAAAAAAAAAUGAAAGUGAUCGACUAUGGUGCAAUAGUCGAUAUCUUAGAAAUAGUAAUUAAUAUUAACUGCCAAGCCUAUUUACGUAUUUUGAAAAAAUUAAAUAGAGCAUAAAAAAUAUACGUGCUGAUAAAUAAACAAUAUAUAUAUCACGUUUGCGGGAACAAAAGGCAUGUUAUGUUAAAUUAUGUUAGUAGAAUAAGAACUACACAGUUGAUAUAUCCAUCGCCUUUCAUGAUGAAAUUGCUCAUUUUCGCCUUCAUUAUCACGUACCUAGCCGUUGAUGCACUGUACCAUCGGAACACCUCCUGGUGCCAAACUUGCGAACUUACUGAAGUCGAACCAUGUCCUUAUUAUUUAAUAUACGAUCCCCGGUGUGGAAAACAAGAAAUAAAGGGUGGAAAAUGGCUAUAUACAGUCUUCUCCAGCCAAUGUGAAAUGGAUAACGCUAAUCUUCGGGGAGGAGGUUGGAAACCUUGCUGUUGGUUUAAAGGAAUGCCUUCUAAAAGUGAAGUCUUUUAUCCUUUAAAGGAAAAAUAAAUAGUUUAAAAUAAAAUACUUUUUGAA